AGGAAAAAAAUUAGAUGAAAUAACCAUUAAUCGAAUACAAGUUCAUAUCAAGUUUGGUGUACCAAUUACACAAUGUAAUAGUGGAAAAAUUAAAUGUAAAUCAAUUGCUAUGACAUGUAAAAAAAACAAAAACAAAUCUUCAAAUUUCAACAAUUCCAAAUCAAAAAAAAAAUUACCAAAAAGAUCACAAGAUAUAAUUACAAUUCUUUCAGAUUCGGAAACAGAAAUGACAUCAAAUAAAAGAUCUAAAAUUGUAUUAGAAUCAAAUAAUUCACAUGAAUUAAAAAUCAAAGAACAAAAAAUGAAACUUCAAGAAUGA